AUGAGCCCUCCCGCCGCCAUCUCGCCUCCACAGUACGCCGCCGUGCCCGUGUCCAAGGCUGGUACUAACGGCCACGCCGUUCCCGUGCCCUCUGGCUUCCCCGACACCAGCAGGCUGACCAUCGACGACAUGCUCGGACAGUGGGACAAGUUCACCUUUGCCCCCAUCCGCGAGUCGCAGGUCUCGCGCGCCAUGACCCGCCGCUACUUCCAGGACCUCGACUCCUACGCCGAGUCGGACAUCGUCAUCAUCGGCGCCGGCUCCUGCGGCCUGUCCGCCGCCUACGUGCUCGGCAAGAAGCGUCCCGACCUGCGCAUCGCCAUCAUCGAGGCGUCCGUCAGCCCCGGCGGCGGCGCCUGGCUCGGCGGCCAGCUCUUCUCCGCCAUGGUCAUGCGCAAGCCCGCCGACGCCUUCCUGCGCGAGGUCGGCGUCCCCUACGAGGACGAGGGCGCCUACGUCGUCGUCCGCCACGCCGCCCUCUUCACCUCGACCGUCAUGUCCAAGGUGCUGCAGAUGCCCAACAUCAAGCUCUUCAACGCCACGUGCGUCGAGGACCUCAUCACCCGCGCCGCCCGCGACGGCGACGACCCGGCCAACGUCCGCAUCGCUGGCGUCGUCACCAACUGGACGCUCGUCUCCAUGCACCACGACGACCAGUCCUGCAUGGACCCCAACACCAUCAACGCGCCCCUCAUCAUCUCCACCACCGGCCACGAUGGGCCCAUGGGCGCCUUCUGCGUCAAGCGCCUGGUUAGCAUGCAGCGCAUCGAGAAGCUCGGCGGCAUGCGCGGUCUCGACAUGAACACGGCCGAGGACGCCAUCGUCAAGGGCACCCGCGAGAUCGUCCCGGGCCUCAUCGUCGGCGGCAUGGAGCUCUCCGAGGUCGACGGCGCCAACCGCAUGGGUCCUACCUUUGGUGCCAUGGCCCUCUCCGGUCUCAAGGCCGCGGAGGAGGCCCUCAAGGUCUUUGACAUCCGCAAGAAGGAAAACGAGAUCUAA